GUCUCGGGUCCUCAACUGGGCACCCACCCGGGUAUGUGGAGAGCUGGCAGCAUGUCGGCGGAGCUGGGAGUCGGGUUCGCGCUGCGGGCGGUGAACGAGCGCGUCCAGCAGAGCGUGGCACGGCGGCCGCGGGAUCUCCCAGCCAUCCAACCCCGGCUAGUGGCGGUCAGCAAAACUAAACCUGCAGACAUGGUGAUUGAGGCCUAUGGCCAUGGCCAGCGCACUUUUGGAGAGAACUAUGUUCAGGAACUACUAGAAAAAGCAUCAAACCCUACGGUCCUGUCUUCCUGUCCUGAGAUCAAGUGGCACUUCAUUGGCCAUUUACAGAAACAGAAUGUCAACAAAUUGACGGCUGUCCCCAACCUCUUCAUGCUGGAAACCGUGGACUCCGUGAAGCUGGCAGACAAGGUGAACAGUUCCUGGCAGAAGAAGGGUUCUCCUGAACGGCUAAAGGUGAUGGUCCAGAUCAACACCAGUGGAGAGGAGAGUAAACACGGCCUUCCGCCUUCAGAGACCAUAGCCACGGUGGAGCACAUAAAGACCAGUUGUCCCAGCCUGGAGUUUGUGGGGCUCAUGACCAUAGGAAGCUUUGGACAUGAUCUUAGUCAAGGACCAAACCCAGACUUCCAGGUGUUACUGCGCCUGCGGCAGGAGCUGUGUGAAAAGCUGAGCAUUCCUGUGGAGCAGGUGGAGCUGAGCAUGGGCAUGUCCGGGGACUUCCAGCAUGCUAUUGAAGUGGGAUCCACAAAUGUCCGGGUAGGAAGCACCAUUUUUGGAGAGCGGGAUUACUCCAAGAAACUCACCCAAGACAAGACUACAGCAGACCCGAAGGCCUGAGUGCCGGUGGCACAGGAACAGCGAGGCCAGGUCAGCUGAAAGAUGGACUACACACCAGCCUGGGUUUUCCGUCUGGUCCGCAUGCUCCCAGCACACACUCCUGUGGCCCGGAUAGAACGCUGAGGAUCACCUGUGCCGAUGGAAACCACCUGUGCUUCGCCUCGCUGUAGGAGGCUCCAUUCAAGCAGUCACUUAGGCUUAAAUUUGAGGAGUUCCAAGACUUUAGAACUGACGCCGAGUCAGUAGCCAGGAACUAGACACUGCCAGGAGCACCCCAGCCUCCAUGAAUGCCUUUCCCGGGGCAGCUUCUGGGUUCCUGGUGUCUGUAAUGGAGAAAAUCGGGGAUUCCCGUUUGCCCUUCCACCCUGAUAGAGCACCCUACAGUUGUUCCGACAAGUCCCCACCGAACACUCACUCGCUCCUCUGGAACGGGAUGACUUUUGCUGCCCUGGCCAGUGAUGCCUCUAGCCACAGCUCCUCUGUGGCACUGACCUGAAAUUCCAGGGUAAAGAGCACUCGGGCCUUUCUGACAUCCUGCUGAAAAGAUGGUCCUUGGGGACUAUAGUGUUGGAAAGUGAGGGUUUCUUCUCGAUCAUGAUCCUUUUCCAGCUUUAGCAAAGACUGCCCCCCACUUGGAGACAGACGCCCUUCAACAUCAGUUCCAGCGCAUGGUUUCCAAGGCCUGACUCACCUUUUCUUCUCUGGGGUCAUAUUUCCCAGGUGUACUGAUCGCACCCCAACACACACACUUUAUUUAUAAGCCAGAAUUUUGCAGCUCUUGAUUGUUCGUAAUGUAACAAGAUCGUCAAAAACCUGGAAGCAACUGGACAUAGUAGCACCUGCCUAUAACUUGGUGUUUCGGAGGCACAGACAGAAAGAACAGGUGCCAGACAAAGGCUAAAUAACAGAACAACCUCGGAAGCACAAUUCAGUAACCACAGAAGAGCUCCGGUGGGGGCUGUUUAGUUCCCGAUAGAUUUUCUCUUGUUUACGCCAGCCCUUCUUCACUUAUUUACCCAGUAACUUCAGAACCUGCUGCUGAAUGUAAUUUCAUAAAUUUAAACUUAUGGUUCUUGUUGUGCUUCGAUCAAAACUAGUGUGGUAUUUCAGAGUCUUAAAUACAAAUGUGAGCUUGAAUUAUACCAUCUGUGCCAACUGCAAAGUGAUUAAAGCUUUAUUUUUAUGA